AAUAAAAUUUUCUAAAUUUUCCAUUAUCGGAAAGCAAUGGCAGAGAAGCUUGCCAUCUACUUGACGGCCCUGUUUCAGGUGCUAGGCUGUUCGUUCUUUUUCACUCAGCCGGAGGAUCAGUGCUCGCCCGCUCCCUCGCUGGCCAGCUGGAUCUUCUUGCUGGCCACUCUAUGCUAUCUGUGGGACACGUGCAUCUUUCCGCAACGAUUCUGCCACAUCCCCAGAUAUUAUCAGGUCAUCUUUGAGAUAGUCGCGUGCGUUCUCAUAACUGAGGUGGGAAUGCUGAUCAUUUGGUGUGCCUUCGAGCGAGUCAUUUAUGCUGUGGUGCAAGAGUUGUUGUUGUUCCUGGGUCUGAGCGGCUGCCGGCCUUGGUGUUUCGAGUACUGGGUGCUCGGCUUGCUUACCACGGCAGUGAGUGGCGCCAUUCUAUGUUGCAUGCUUGAUGCCACCGAUGGAUUAUUGAUGGUGAUGAAGUUCUACUGCGGACUGCGUAGAAGUCUGACCUUGAGCUGGAAAAUGCUAAAGUGCUAUUGGAACAUGAAUGGCAGUGCCAGACGCAGGGCUCUGAAGGUGUGCCAGCUGGCCAACCGAUGUGCUCCGCGAAAUCAACGCGCUCGUAGACGCUGCUGUCAACAGACUGCGGACGAUCCUGAUGACAACGAUGAUGAAGAGAAUGAUGAUGAUGAACAAUGCGAUGAGGAUGAUGACGAUGGCUGUGACAGAUGCACUUAGUGUUAUCGUUGAAUGU